AUGUCUGAUACUGCCGUCGAACAACAACCAACAUCAACUCAACCAAAGAAGACUGGUAAGGAAAAGUACAAGUUUGAAGUUAAUCAAGCUAAGCUUGAGCAACUCAAGAAGACUGCCAAGGAAGUGGUCAUUGCUGGUGGUAUGAGAAGAAAGCACAAGGUUGUGAAGAAGACAUCUCAAAACGAGGGUAAAAUAAGAAACAUUGUUAAUAAGUGGAGAAUGACCAACAUUCCAGAGGUUAUGGAAGUAUCCAUGCUCAUGGAUGAUGGUACUAUCACUGUAGUACAAACACCAAAGGUUGAGGCUGCUGUCCACUCCAACUCUUUCGUCAUUACUGGUAAAUAUCAAAGAUUGACCAUGGAACAAUAUUUGCCAAGCAUGCUCAAGCAAUUGCAAAACUAUGACCCAAGUCAAUUACAACAACUUUUCGCCAAUCUCAAGGAGGGAGAGAAGUCUUCAGCACCACAAGAAAAGGGUGAAGAUUUGCCAGAAGUUUCCUCAUUCGAGAACGUCCAAUAA